AUGACUAAUGUUGUAAACACAGUAAUCGAUAUUACGACAUUCCACCAUUUAGUCUUGAGCUCGCCUUUCCUCGAGGGUUGGUUUUGUGUUCAUGGAAAUAUGAGCGUGCAUUGCAGUAAGAACAGUAAGAACAGUAAAAGACUUCAAAGCUUAUCUAAUCCUCCAUCGUUCUGUUCUACAUUCAGAUCGAAGUUACUUAAUAAAACUUUUGAAGCAUUAAUGGAGAAAGCUUUCCAGAAAUCAUGUAAACGACACGGAUGUGAAUAA